AAUCCUCAAUCAACCCUUUUCUGGGCUCUAUAAGUUUCAUUACUUGCGCUGGGCUCUAUAAAAAAAACUUGGCGUUAGGAAAAAGCGGGUGUUUUUUGUUUUUUUUCUUUUGCAGAAAUCUGCUCAUUGUAUUCAAGGUUGGAUAAUUUUUUUGGAGGCAUAGAUUCUCCAUGGGAGAAGCCCCAGCUUGCUUGGUUGAUGAUCUGCAGAAUGGAUUCUCAAAUGGGUUUGGUUCAAAGUCCAAACACCUUGAAUCAUCUGUUGUCAUCGGGGAUAAAGAGUAUAUUAUUGGUAGGACGGAUAAUGAAUCGACAUUAUCGAUUGGAGUCAAAAUUUUUGUUAGAUCUAAGGGGCAAUGGGUAACUCCUAUUGUGCUUGGAGCAAAACCCAAGUUGUCUAAGGACCAUUCGGCUGUUCUUGUGAAGGAAGAUCGUAUCUUGGUUAUUAAAAAGGGUUCUACUUCAGAUGACUGCAUUUGGUUUCUGGAGAUUGACACAGGGUAUGUAAGGGAGCAGAAGAAAAUAUUAGGCACUGAGGUGGUUGCAUGGAGUAAGGGUGUGCGGGGCAAUGCUGAGAAGCCAGUUGUCAUAAGUGGUCCUUCGGGGGUAGGUAAGGGCACGCUAAUAGCGAUGCUCAUGAAGGAAUUCCCAACCAUGUUUGGAUUCUCGGUGAGCCACACAACCAGAGCUCCACGAGGCAUGGAAAAGGACGGGAUCCAUUACCACUUCACAGAGCGAAGUGUCAUGGAGGCAGAGAUAAAAGAUGGGAAGUUCCUUGAAUUUGCUUCAGUUCACGGAAAUCUUUAUGGAACCAGCAUUGAGGCUGUUGAGGUGGUAGCAGAUUCUGGAAAGAGAUGCAUUCUUGACAUUGAUGUUCAAGGGGCAAGGUCCGUGAGGGCUAGUUCACUCGAAGCUGUUUUUAUCUUUGUCUGUCCACCAUCAAUGAAUGAGCUCGAAAAGCGUCUUCGUGCUAGGGGAACCGAGACAGAAGAACAGAUUUUAAAGCGACUGCGAAAUGCUGAGGCAGAAAUCGAGCAGGGAAAAUCUUCAGGAAUCUUUGAUCAUAUUCUGUACAAUGAUAAUCUUGAAGACUGUUAUGAGAACCUUAAGAAAAUCUUGGGACUUGACAGAAACAUGCCUGUUGAUGAUUCAUCACCGAAAGGGAUUGAUCUGCCCGAAGAGCACUCGGUUUCAAAAUUGGAUAACAAAAUCCUCAUAAAUUGUGGGACUUCAGAACUUGGAAAAGCUUCAAAGAACUUAAUUGUAUUGGACGUAUCAUCGCCGAGCGGGGGAGCACCCGGACGGACAAGGGGGCUUAAGGUGUAUUCUGUUGAUUCAUUUUCCGAUGGCCUGAAUGGAAUCGACAGUUUAAGCUAACGGCUACUACCCCUUACCCGACUAACGCGCAUCCUAGUUUCUAAUACUCAUCUCCGAGCAAACAGCGCGAGAAAGAUCCGGUGGCGGUGGUGAUUUUAAUUCGUUAAGUAGGAUUAUCAUUUUUCUCGCGAACAUUCUUUGCAUCUUCAUGUUCUUCUCUUCGGCGAAAAGAGAAGAAAAACAAACACGAAAAACAAACACAACUACGAUUCGGUAUUUAGACAAAUUAUGGUUUCCCUAGAGAGGGGCAAUGAAAGAGAUGAUUCGAAAAUUUCUUCGGCUACUAGAAAAUUCUCCUGCAUGCACAAUUCUGUUCUUUAGUAAACUGUAUUAGAAUGUCAGAACAUAUGCAGCCAGCCGGGGACAACUAUAAGUUGAUAUAAGUGCUAUUUUAUACGUUUUUAGCUCC